AUGUCCCAAGGCAUGAACAAGACUUCCUCAGAUAAAUCCAAGGAAAUCCCACGUACCUCGGAAAUUCUAUCUCAACUGGAUGAUCGCAUACUGCGACUACGCCAUUCCAUCCUUCCCAGGCACCCCUAUCUCUUAUCCGUCCCUUCGGAUGUCCCAUAUCGACACAGUUCACGCUUUGUCAACACAUGGUAUGAAGGAACUGCGUUUGAUCGCACAGAAGAGCAGCUACAAUAUCUCAGUUUUCUGUCUCGCCAGCUUGAAGACGAAUCGUUGUUGAAGGUCGAGGGCGGUUGGGCCGACGACAGAGGUAAUAGAAUCGACGAAGACGCACUUUCUCCCAAGACCAUACCAAACACCGGCCAGAAUACUCCUGCCGAUCAAGGCCAUCGGAAGAAAAUCAGUUGGAAGGACUAUAAGACCAAAGGUAAAGUUUCACCUGAAGCGGUCUCUCAAACGCCUGUAGUCGCUUCGCCCAAGACAUCAAUUCCAGCCUCGCCCAAACCACCGCCUGGCGAAAAACCGGUACUGGAAAACGGUACAUCACACAUUGUCCAGCAGAAGCAGGAACCUGGACCUCAAGAUUUCGACCACAAGCCAAGACAAAUUGACGGCCAUUGUUCUCCGCCACCAGUUGAUUCUCGCAAACCCGAUUCCCCCAGCCCAGCAAAGAGGCGCAAACUUUCAAAACCCCCAGAGGAGCCCAAAUCCUCAACCAUGUCGACCAAAGUGGAGGCUCAACCUGCGGUCAUGAAAAUGCCUAGGUUACUCUCGCCCACCCUUCCAUCUCCACAAAAACAAAUGGGCUUGCCAGAAUUGCUCUCGCCUCUCCUCCCUCCUUCUUUGGCCAAAGCAAUGUCUACACCUUCCGACACCGUCUCGAUUGGAAGCCCCGCAGCAGCUUCUCAUUCUCGGACAGAUUCAGUGCGUGCGAUAUUGGCUGGCGCCGACCUGGACAAUUCACCCUCAAACAAAGGCGGUCUAUCAAUUACUGGAGAUCGAGUGCGAUCUAAUAGUCAGCAUUCUGCCAGAGAUUCAGUUCCCGGCACGCCGAAUGCAAUCAAACCCAUCGUUGGUGUGAAGGCUCUGUCCAAGAUUGGCGCCAAAUUGGGUACACCGGUCCAUGAAGGUGCCCGGUCAAGCCCAGGUCCUCGACAGAGACAUACCAUUAUUCUCAAGUACGGCAAGAAAAACAGGAAGAGGGUUGAGGCACUUCUGAAACUUGGAGGACGGCCUAAAAAGACAAUCGUCAGGAAUGAAGAUGCUCUGACAAGCAAGACGCCAGAUAUCAGACCGAAGAAGGACUUUUCAAAGAACGAUACCGUUGAGACCCAUCAUCCGCCAGAAUCAAAAUCAAAGAAACCGCCUGUCCCUGUUGAAGCCAAGGAAGUUCGCCGCGAGAAGGACAAUCAGCCCAAACCAACCACAUCCGAGCCCCUAAAGAUGGAGAAAAAACGUAAGAUAGAGGUCAGCCCUCCUCUUGCCACGAAGAGGUUGAAACAGUCUGCUGAGCAAGAGAAGCGGCCAUCCACACCCGUGCAACUUGCGGGAAAGACGCCAUUGGCCUCACAGUCUAAAUCCACUUUUUCCACACCUAAGAAAGAACUCAAGUCUGCAGCUAUGCGAAGAGUUGAGUCCUCAGACUACCAAGAUGUCCCAACACCUACCGGGGAUCGAGGACGAGUAUCAACGCCUGUAGCUACUGCAAAGCCUUCAUACCAGCCUGCUCAGACCGCAACUAGCAGGGAAGAAGAACGACAUCUGUGGACAAAUUUAAAUACCAAGUACUUUGCACUGGGUCGUUCUUUGAAACAUCAGGGGACCAAGAUUGGGCCUUCAGCCAAUGGCGAAGUCAAGGCUUACUCUGCUAAAUCUGUCAUGUUGCUUGUUGAAGCCUUGCUGUGUUUUAUGAUUAACAUAUCAGCGCAAGCUCAUGCACGGCCUGGCGCCGAUCCAGGAUGGAAUACCAUCAUUCCAUACCAUAUCUUUGUCUGGCGAGCAUCAAGGAAACAUCCACAUCUGCACGGGUUAGUAGUUCAGCUGGGCGCGGUGUGUCGCCAACUCAUUCAUAAGUAUGAUAUGGAUCGGCUUGCUCGAGACCCACUGCCUGAUGACUACUGCAAUGCUGCACCAACUCCUGGAAGUGAUGGGAAUACCAAGACCAAUGAGGAUGCAGAAAAAUACAAGAAGUCCUAUGUCGAUUUCAAAGAUGGCCUUAUCCAGAAUGCACGAGAGCUUCAAACCGCUUGGCUCGAAGGUUCUCGUCAUCUCUCCCCUGAUAUUCUCAAGCGCGACUUCCCCACCACAUUUUCGAAACGCGCAAAAGAUUCAUCUCUUCGAUUACAAGAAAAACCGACACCAGCGAAAAUCCCCAAGGACUUUUAUCUGCCCUUGGACGCAAAUACCACAGCCUUUGAGGCAGCGAGAUUUGGCCUUGCAUUCCUUCAGGAAUGGGCUGACAAAGAGAAAGUGGAGUGGAAGACGAGCAUUGAGCUAGGAUGA